UCCGGGCAUUGACUCUUCCCUUACAUGAUUGUGUGCUGCUAUGGUGACACGUCAACAAAAUAAAUUUUGUGACUCAAACGAUACAAUCAUGUGGUAGGGCCAAGGUCACCAUAUGUGCAGAGAUGUGAAAGAUUUCUAAGACUACCUUCGUGCUAAUUUAUAGAAAGAUUACUCGACUCAUGCUCUAUGUGGACAGAAUUAAACUCACAGGGAGUUAUUUAUUCAUGAGAUUUAUUUUUAUCAACUACCUCCUGAAUUUUUACAUCACCAAUUAUGUCUGCACGAGAAGCCCGCUUUGUAACCCCAGAGGCCCAAGUAAUCACCAAUAAAAGAUUCAGCAUUGGUGGAACAUUACUGAAGACACCAUGGACAAGAAGACAUACACCAUAUGCUAAGACUCCAAAAAGUAGAAGGAUAGCUGGUCCAGAGAAAAGUGCAGCUUUAGACGUCAGCCUGUCGUCAGCUGAAAGACGUGAUGACCUUGCACAGGAAGAAGAAACUUUGUCAGGACUAGUUAACAAGACAUGGAGAGUCUACCAGAUGACACCACUUUACAACUUCAAAUAUGGUAAACUGAAAGAAUAUUCAAGAUCACUAUCAAAAUAUUUACAAGCCCAAAUUCAAAAAGGUAUAGAACUUGACCCGAAUGCUGAAGUGUCAAGUGAUGUAAAAAUAACAGAAGUAAAAGGUCUGAACAUGGCUGAGGAAGAUAAUGUUGCUUUGAAGGUCACAGUCAGGAGUAAACAGAAAGCAGCAAAUGGUGAAAAGAAGGUAUUGCUGACUAUGUUAUUAUGCUGCACCGAUGCCCUGAGAGAGUGCAAGCCAACAUGUCCUGAUUCAUUCACCAUUCUCCCCCUAAUGCUGAGUAAUGGGAAUAUGACUAUGGGCAACCAUAUAAACAAUUGGUUCAAGACAUCAUUUGACUGUUCUGUCCAAAAGAUGGUGUUCAACUCCAUUGAGUUAGCAUGGAUGGUUUCUAUGUGGGCCAGUUUAGUACCAGAACGCAGUGCCAAGAGUGUUGAGUUAACCUAUAAGGUGCCAGAUGAGGUGGAAGGCUUAGACAGAAUUACAUAUACUAUAGAUCCACAUGAUUGCAAAGCAAUAUGGGAAAGUGUUCAUGAUGAAAGCAAAGAUAUGGCAGAAGCAGAUGAGGUGUCUGAGUUUGUGCUGUCUUUAGAGAAACACUUUGAUGUUGUCUUUAAGACUCACCUCAGUUCGCUGUUCUUAACCAGAGUUGGGACAUCUGUAGCUUAUGUAUCAACUGAGGGAAAACUAAAGCUGUUUACAAAAAAACACAUACACAAAGUUUUACGAUAUUUGACUGAACUAGCAUUAGAAAAAAUCCAAGCAGGAACAGGAACGUAGCAACAAAAAAUGCCAGAAAGUAUCCAUUUUGGAAAUAAAAAUAGAUAUUCAUGUGUUGUAUAUAAUGUUAUUGGAGCAUUGGAUUACUGCAACAAUCAUGUGAUUAUAUUACAAUGAGGAGAUUAUAGUGAUUAAGCAGGAUCAUCUCUAGGAUUAUUUACUUCUGAGAUAAUUACAAAUAUAAAAACAGUGUUUGGCAAGUAUUUAUUAUAGAAGCAAUUAGCACCGGGCCUGGUAUCCUAGAUUGACAGAACCAGAACCCUGGAAUGACAGCACUAGUACCCAGGAUUGACAUGACUGGUACCCUGGAUCGGUAGAACCAGUGCCCUAGAUUGAAAGGACUAGUACCUUGGACUGCCAGAAUCAAUACCCAGGAUUGACA